UAUAACUAAUUUUGUGCAAAAAAAUUAUCGCAAGAUAAAAAACCAAGUUAAAAAUAUGCAAAACUUUUCCACUCGGCGAAAGUGUCGAAAAAAAUGUCCCUGAACCACCUAAAACGUUUAAAUUUCUCGAAAAUAACCCAACAUCGCUCAAUAAACACUCUAAAAUUAUCCAACGAACAUUCCAACUUACAAAAAAUAUGCAGAAAAUUCGCCGAGAAAGAAUUAAAACCUUUUGCUUCAAUGUUCGAUCGUGAAAAUAAAUUUCCAUCGGAACAAAUUAAAAAAUUAGGUGAAUUGGGUUUGAUGUCGAUUGUGGCUGCAAAGAAAUGGGGCGGAUCUGAAUUUGAUACUUUAAGCCUUUCGAUAGCCGUCGAAGAAAUUUCAAGAUGUUGUGGAGGAACCGGAGCUAUAGUUUCAAUACAUAACAGUUUAUACAUUGAUUUAGUAAACAACCUUUGUAACGAUCAACAAAAAGAAGUAUUUUUAAAACCGUUUGUUGGAGGAGAAAUCGGUUGUUUUGCUUUAAGCGAACCAGAUGCCGGAAGCGACGUCGGAAAUAUUUCAACAACAGCAACCGAAAAGAAUGAUUAUUAUUUAUUAAAUGGAACAAAAUCUUGGGUAACAAGCGGAAAUGUUGGAAAAGCAGCUGUUGUUUUCGCCACAAUCGAUAAAAAUCUAGCUCAUAAAGGAAUAACAGCCUUUUUAAUACCAAUUCCAACACCAGGAUUAACCAUUGGGAAAUUAGAGGAUAAAAUGGGGAUUCGAGCCUCACCCACUGUUAGUUUUUACUUGGAAGAUGUUAAAGUUCCAAAAAAAAAUAUUAUUGGAAACGUCGGUGAUGGUUUUAAAAUCGCAAUGAAACAAUUAGAUAAAGCAAGAAUAGGAAUCGCGUCUCAAGCCUUAGGAAUUGGACAAGCAGCUUUAGAUGUUGCUGUUGAUUAUGUCAGCACAAGAAAAACGUUUGGAAAGUUUUUAAGCGAACAUCAAGCCGUUAAAUUAAAAAUAUCGGAUAUGUGCCAAAAAUUAGAAUCAGCUCGUUUAUUAGUGUGGAGAGCGGCCGUUAUCGCUGACGAUGACAAUAUAUCUUAUACAAGAGAAUCAGCUUUGGCUAAAAUCGCCGCUAGCGAUGCCGCAAUCGAUAUCUCGCACAAUGCCUUACAAAUUUUAGGGGGAAUAGGUUACGUUAAAGAUAUGAGCGCCGAAAGACAUUAUCGAGAUGCAAGAAUAACUCAAAUUUACGGCGGGGUUACCGAUAUUUUAAAAAUGAUUGUUGGUGAUUUGGAGGUUAAAAAACAUAAAAUGUAAGGGUUAAAAUAAAAAGGAUUUUAUACUUACCAUUAUUAAAAUAUUUCUAAAUAAAAAUAUUUUUAACAAG